GAGACCUGUAUUUGUCACCUCCACCAAUCGUGGUCACUAGUCAUUGUUGUUCUUCAGCGAAGGAUUUUUCUCGUAUUUGUAAAUGGUAUGGUCCAACCGAAUCCUCCUGAAAUACCAGAAACCCAGUUGAGAUAGAAAGCUAAUUAACAGAGAGGAAAAGGAAUAAAGAAGGAAGAGAGGCUGAAAAUGGGUGGGCAUGCGCUGGUUUCACCGUUUAAUUCGAGAUCAGGGCGGAUGAUAAUGGUGGCUCUGCUAGUAAUGGUGGGCACCUUCUACGCUGGCACCCUCUUCGGUAACAAUGCCCCCAUUUACGUCUCCCAGCUCCCGGUCAAGUCUUUUUCAUCAUCCACUGAUAAUUCUGAAUUUCCAAACAAAGUUGCUAUUACUUACAGAAAAACACCGCUUUUGAUCCCUGAAACUGGGAUGAAUGUGUGCCCAUUGACAUUCAAUGAGCAUAUCCCCUGCCAUGAUGUUUCUUAUGUAAAGAAUUUUGUCGUUAGCUUGGAUGUUUCUAGAAAGGAACGACUAGAGAGGCACUGUCCUCCACCCAAGAAGCGGUUAUUUUGCUUGAUUCCACCACCAAAUAAUUAUAAGAUACCAAUAAAAUGGCCAACCAGCAGGAAUUAUGUCUGGCGAAGCAAUGCGAAUCAUACAAUUCUUGCUAAAGUCAAAGGAGGACAAAAUUGGGUGCAUGAGAAGAAUCAACUCUGGUGGUUCCCAGGUGGUGGUACCCAUUUCAAACAUGGGGCGGCUGAGUAUAUUCAAAGGUUAGGAAAUAUGAUUACGAGUGAAAAAGGUGAUCUGCAUUCCGCAGGGGUAGUUCAAAUUUUGGAUGUUGGUUGUGGGGUUGCCAGCUUCUCUGCUUACCUCAUUCCCCUGGAUAUACAGACAAUGUCUUUUGCUCCCAUAGAUAUUCAUGAGAGUCAGAUUCAAUUUGCAUUAGAGCGAGGAAUUGGCGCAAUGAUCUCUACUUUAGCCACAAAACAACUACCAUACCCCAGUAGCUCCUUCGAGAUGGUUCACUGCUCAAGGUGUCGUGUUGAUUGGCAUGAGAAUGAUGGUAUUUUACUCAAAGAAGUGAAUCGCCUUCUGCGAUCUAAUGGGUACUUUGUAUAUUCAGCUCCACCUGCCUAUAGAAAGGAUAAAGAUUUUCCCUUGAUCUGGAAUAAAUUGGUAAAUCUGACUUCAGCAAUGUGCUGGAAACUCAUUGGUCGAAAAGUUCAGACAGCAAUCUGGAUGAAACUAGAAAAUCAAAUGUGCCUUCUGGACAAUGCAGAGCAGAAGCGGUUGAGCAUAUGUGAUGAUGUUGAUGAUUCCAAACCAUCAUGGAAUACACCACUGAGGAAUUGUAUACAAGUACGAAGGGAAGAAAGAAAUUUUCAGAAACUACAGUCUAGGGCAGAUCGUCUUUCAAUAUAUCCAGAGACUCUCUCCAGAAUAGGUAUUAGUGAAAAGGAAUUUACUUCAGACACUCUGUUUUGGCAAGAUCAAGUUCGCCUUUACUGGAGGUUGAUGAAUAUCAGUAGGACAGAAAUACGAAAUGUCAUGGACAUGAAUGCUUUCUGUGGUGGAUUUGCUGUAGCUUUGAAUCCGUUGCCCGUUUGGGUAAUGAAUAUUGUUCCGGCAAGCAUGAAGAAUACCUUGUCUGCUAUUUAUGAUCGAGGAGUAAGUGGCGCUUUCCAUGAUUGGUGUGAACCAUUCUCAACUUAUCCACGCACGUACGACCUGUUGCAUGCUGACCAUCUUUUCUCUCACUAUAAAAAUCAUUUAGAAGGUUGCUUACUGGAGGAUAUUGUGUUGGAGAUGGACCGUAUAAUCCGACCCCAGGGAUUUAUUAUUAUCAGAGACGAGGAAUCUAUAGCAUCAAGAAUCAUAGAUGUUGCUCCCAAAUUUCUGUGGGAGGUUAAAUCACACUUGGUAGAAAACAAUAAAAAGAAGAUGGAAUCUGUGUUAAUUUGCAGAAAGAAGUUUUGGGCAAUUUUAUAAGGUGUAGCCCGCCUGCUGAGCUUUGCCAAUACAGGUUUCUAGACAUGUAGGCUGUUUUUGUAAUGACUCAGUUUUUUUCUUUUGCA